CCUCAACUAGUUUUUAAUUUUGUAAUCAUAAUUUCAAAUGAAUAUUUUUUAAAGAAUAAUAUACACUGCAUAUAAUAAUUGCUAUGGAUAGAAAUUUACAAAAAAGCGAAGUUGACGAGUUGAAACAAGACAUACAGAAAUUAAAAGAUGAAUUGAGGCGAAAAGAGCGGUUACUUUUCGAAUUGCAACAAAAACCACUGGAAAACUGUCCAUACAAUAAUAUAUUCAAGCGGGAUGAAAUCGUACGGUAUAGUAGACAAAUGAUUAUGUCCGAAAUGGGCACCGAUGGCCAGGAAGCCUUAAAGAACAGUAACGUUUUAAUUGUGGGUAUCGGAGGAUUGGGUUGUCCUGCUGCUUUAUAUUUAGCCAGUUCCGGAGUAGGCAAACUUACUCUAGUAGAUUACGAUACAGUCGAAUUAUCUAAUAUUCACAGGCAAAUACUUCAUUCCGAGGAAAAUAUCGACAUCCCUAAAGUCGACUCUGCUUAUGCAAAACUAAAGAGGUUAAAUCAUAAUAUAAAGAUAGUACCUCUUCGGCAGCUCAUUAAUAAUACAACCGUUGAACGUUUAAUGAAGUCAACCAAAUACGAUGUUGUAUUAGACUGUACUGAUAAUGUAGCCACCAGGUACCUUCUAAAUGAUGCCUGUGUAUUGAAUAACAUACCACUAGUGUCCGGUAGUGCCCUUCAAAUGGAAGGCCAAUUGACGGUUUACCAUUAUAUGGACGGGCCCUGUUACAGAUGUCUCUUUCCCGUUCCACCUCCGCCAGAAACGGUUACCAAUUGUGGAGAUGGGGGCGUCUUAGGACCAAUACCUGGAGUGAUUGGAACCCUUCAAGCUUUAGAAGCUAUAAAAAUUAUAAUUAAGUCCGAAGGGAUUUUGACCAGUAGAUUCCUAAUAUUCGAUGGAGCUAGUUCUACAUUCAGGAACGUAAAGCUCAGAAAAAGAAAUAAGGAUUGUGAAGUUUGUGGCGAUAGCCCUACUAUUUUGACUUUGAUAAAUUAUGAACAAUUUUGCAGAUCAAGUGCACACGAUAAGGUAGUCGAUAUUAAUAUUGUAAAACCAGAGCAGCAAGUAGACGUAGAAUAUUUUGAAAAAUGCAAAGGUACUUCUUUAGUUAUUGACGUUCGACCGGAACUUGAAUUUAAAAUGUGCAGUUUACCGUCAACGAUAAAUUAUCCGUUUACGAAAUUGACCAAAAACGUUGGAGGGUUUACUGAGUUUUUAAAAAAUCAAGCGAAAACUACCGAAAAUGUUUUUUUUAUUUGUCGUCGAGGGAAUGAUUCACAAAGAGCUUUAAACUACAUUCAAAACGAUGUGAUUGAUUCGAAUUUAAAUGUGUAUAAUGUAAAGGGAGGUCUUAGAGAUUACGCCUUAAAAAUUGACAGCAAUUUUCCCAUUUAUUAAUUAAAUAUGUUAUAAAAACUUGUAAGUAUUCGAUUUGUCAAUAAAAAAAAAUUAUGAAAA